AUGGCUGUGAUCCUGGCCGCGCUACGCCCGCCGACGACGCCCGUACGCCGCCACGCCCGCCGGCGUCAGUGCCACAACUGCCUUCAGAUGUUCGUCGAGUACAGCGAGUGUGAGCCCAGCGGCGCGUACACCCGCCUGACGCUGCUCGACGACGACACGCCGGUCUACUGCUCGAGCGACUGCCGCGCCACAGCGGCAAUCCUGCACAUCCAAAACACGUGGGCGCAUGCACAUUGCGCCGGGCCUGACUAUGGCCUCGCUCGCCACGUCAACAGCCGUCUUGCCGCCAAGCCUGAUGGCGGCUCGAGCCCGCGCGCGAUCCCGUUCCGGCGCUGGUCCUCGGACGCCCGCGACCCCGACUCGCUUCUCUGA